AUGGCAUUGAGUGAAGAGCUUAGUGGACUCAAUACGAAUUAUUUUGAACCAAAGGAAAACUCUUCUUGCUUGACUAUCUAUGAGCUCUACCAAGUCGACCAGUACAAAGCACAGGAGUUAUUCGAGUUUGAACAAUAUGUCAAGAUCAUUCGAUUUGCUGAAGCUGUGUGCUCUGGCAAUCAUCCUCGAUCUGGCCUUUUUUCUCAACCUGGCCAUGGAGCGCACAUAACGGACACGGAAGCUUCUAAGGAGGUAGACGUUGAACCUAAAAAGAUUUGCUUUGAAGAGCUCGAAACUACAAAAGGAAUGAACUACAUGUCAAAAGCAGGCAAGAAGACGAGAAAGAAGGGUAACGUUGAACAGAUUACAAUGAAUGCCAAGAAUCUGCGGGGAGUUUUGUAUAAUCAUGAUCCAGACAUGGACUAUUAUGAGGUGUUAUCGUUGGAUUCAUCUGCCUCGAUUGAGGACAUAAGCAAGGCCUAUUCUGAAUUGAGAUGGGCCUAUAAUCCACAGUUCGAUGAAGAAGAAACGAGGUGGCACGGAAAAGAACAGGCACUUUUACAAGAUAUGAAACAAAAAUGGAACGACAUUCAACGCGCAUUCAUGAUACUAUCGGAUCAUGAUAGGAAGUGGAGAUACGACAAUGAUAGAGAGAUGUGCCUCAAGUGCUUUGAGCGAAAGAACAAAGAACCGGAUGAGUCCAUAGCACAAAUCCAGUUCGCUGCCUUUCGCGAGGGAGUAGUUCGUUCAAUAGGAGCGCCUCAUCCUGAAGACCCCCCGGAGCCACACAACGAAGAUUUCUUCAAAAGUGUCACCAAAGGCAUUUUUGUCGAGGAGAAAGACAUAAACUAUGAUGCAAACUAUUAUCUUGAUCUGGGUGCCAAUGACACAAAGGAGAGCUCAUUGUGGAAUGGAGUCAUCAGUAGAGAUCAUUUGGGGAGCGUUUUGCGAAGUAUGGGUUAUGACUACAUCCGUAGUCUCAGGCAGGCCAAAAGUCACAAGGCUAUCAAUAAGGUGCGCUUCGAAUGGAACCAGAAGCUAAUCUCUUACAUGAUACUGAAGGACGAGAAACUUCGUGAGAAAUACAACGAGCAAAAUUACAGCCAUAAAUUAUACGAAUUUUGGCAAAAGGAACAUGAUUCCAAAGAACUCGAAAGAGUCCACAACUCACAGGUUCUAGUAUCAGAGAAUAUGGAGCCUUCUGGUAAGAAUGUUAGUUUGCAGUCAGCUACUACAGGUAAUUCCUUUCGAAGACAGUUCACAGAGACGAAUGGUGAAUUUAUGGAGGGUGUUUCGGAUGAUGGAGCUAGUGCUUCUGAUUCGAUGACCGGAGUGGAACAAAACACAGAGAUAGACUAUUCGGUGGCUAUUGCACUCACUGAAAAGGUCGGCGAUCAUGUUCAAGUAGACCCCGCUACUAUCACUGACCAUAAUCCCAAUUUAAUGUCUCAAGCCUUUUCCAUUAGUAAAGUCCCACUACAAAAUAAUUUUACUAAUCAAAAUGCCCAAUUAUCGACUGGCUCAAUCAGAUCUUCUACACUGCAACGCAAGUUACUAGAGGCUCGGGAAAUCCAAGCACAACGUGUAGUUCAACAAAAGAAAGCUCAAUCAGAACUCUCAGUUCAAGUAAUAGAGCGAAGUGCUAAAUUUUCGAAGGAAGCUCGAACCCAACAUCCAGCUGCUCAAGAUCAGGUACCCAGAACUCUACGUGAUCGACAGGCUUUCAUACAAAAGCGAAUUAAUGCACAGCGAGCCGCUGCACAACGUACGGCUUUACAUCGUGCAGAAAUUCAAAGGUCCUUGGGUUUAGACAGAGCUCCUCCAACCGGUCCUCGAAUUCCGUUAGGUAUGGCUCCCCGAUUGAUGACAAGUUCAUUUGCACAUGGCUUGAACUCCACUUCGCUGUCGAAGUCAUGCCCACAAUUUAGGUUGAAGAUGAUUCCUCCUCCAAUGAUCAAUAAAGUUGCUAAGACCGCGGAGUCUAUAUUACAGCUUUCGAAAGGCAGCGGGCGGGGCCCAGCGAAGAAGAAACGAAGGAUCGGGAAUAAGGAGUCUGAUGGAAAGAAGGAGACAAAAAACGUGGGUAAGGAAAAUGGAAAUGAAAGGGGUUGUGAGGUGACAUUGCGGGAUGAAGCAAGAGUAAAAGAGGAUCGAGGGAAGAAGAGUAGUUGGAAGGAGGACGGAGAGAUAUCAGAGGAUGAGAGAGGGGGAGAAACCGGUUGGAGACAAAGCAGAAAGAAGGAAAUCAGGAGAGACGGUGGCAGAAAAAAACGCAAGAGAGAGCACAGGAAAGACUCAUGA